AGCUCUCUCGGAGUCACGUGGACCAGCCUGGCUCGCCCCGCCUCGCUCUCCGCGCAGGCAGGGACCCGUCCAGACGAGCCUGGUGGCGGAAAGGCUGCGGCCCCGCGCUUGAGGGCCGUUGGCUCCUCCGGGCUUCUGAGGACCCGCAGGGAGCGGGCCUCGUCAUUUCUGUCUCCUGUUUCUCCACUUCCUUCUCUAUUGGUUGGUCCACUGAUGUAUGGACUUGCAUAUGAUGAACUGUGAACUUCUAGCCACAUGUAGUGCCCUCGGGUACUUGGAGGGAGACACUUACCACAAGGAACCGGAUUGCUUAGAGAGCGUGAAGGAUCUGAUCCGCUAUUUGAGGCAUGAGGAUGAGACACGAGAUGUGCGGCAGCAACUGGGGGCAGCCCAGAUCCUACAGAGCGACCUUCUGCCCAUCCUUACCCAGCACCGCCAGGACAAGCCUCUCUUUGAUGCUGUUAUCAGACUGAUGGUGAACUUGACACAACCAGCCUUGCUCUGUUUUGGUAGUCUGCCUAAGGAACCCAGCUUUCGGCACCAUUUUUUGCAGGUGCUAACUUAUUUGCAGGCCUACAAAGAGUUCCCUAUUUCACAGGCCUUUGCCAGUGAGAAGGCUUUUGGAGUCCUCAGUGAAACCUUGUAUGAGCUGUUGCAGCUGGGCUGGGAGGAACGGCAGGAGGAAGACAACCUGCUAAUUGAGCGGAUCCUACUGCUGGUCAGAAAUAUUCUCCAUGUCCCAGCUGACCUUGAUCAGGAGAAGAAGAUUGAUGAUGACGCCAGUGUCCAUGACCAGCUUCUCUGGGCGAUUCACCUCAGUGGCCUGGACGACCUCCUCCUCUUUCUGGCCAGCUCGUCUGCUGAGCAGCAAUGGAGCCUACAUGUGCUAGAGAUUGUCUCCCUUAUGUUUCGUGACCAGAACCCCGAGCAGCUGGCGGGAAUAGGGCAGGGACGCUUAGCUCAGGAGCGGAGUGCAGAUGUUGCAGAACUGGAGGUGUUGCGCCAGCGAGAGAUGGCAGAAAAGAAGACUCGAGCCCUCCAGCGAGGCAACAGGCAUUCUCGAUUUGGGGGCUCGUAUAUCGUCCAGGGAUUGAAAUCCAUUGGGGAGAGGGACCUCAUCUUUCACAAAGGGCUUCACAAUCUACGAAACUACAGUUCAGAUUUGGGAAAGCAGCCGAAAAAGGUGCCUAAACGUCGCCAGGCCGCCCGAGAGCUGUCCAUUCAGCGCCGUUCUGCCCUCAAUGUGAGACUCUUCCUCAGAGACUUCUGCUCUGAGUUCCUGGAGAACUGUUACAACCGGCUCCUGGGAUCAGUAAAGGAUCACCUGCUUCGGGAGAAAGCUCAGCAGCAUGAUGAGACCUAUUAUAUGUGGGCCUUGGCUUUCUUCAUGGCCUUCAACCGAGCUGCCUCCUUCCGGCCAGGCCUGGUUUCUGAGACCCUCAGUGUCCGCACCUUCCACUUCAUUGAGCAGAACCUCACUAACUACUACGAGAUGAUGCUGACUGACCGCAAGGAAGCUGCCUCCUGGGCACGCCGGAUGCACUUAGCUCUGAAGGCCUAUCAGGAGCUGCUGGCAACAGUGAAUGAGAUGGACUUAUCCCCAGAUGAGGCUGUGAGGGAGAGCAGCCGCAUCAUCAAGAACAAUAUUUUCUAUGUGAUGGAGUACCGAGAACUAUUCCUGACACUUUUUCGAAAGUUUGAUGAGAGAUGCCAGCCCCGCUCUUUCCUUCGUGACUUGGUGGAGACCACCCACCUCUUCCUCAAAAUGUUGGAGCGGUUCUGUCGGAGCCGUGGAAACCUGGUGGUGCAGAACAAACGAAAGAAGAGAAGGAAGAAGAAGAAGGUCUUAGACCAGGCCACUGUUUCUGGUAAUGUCCCAUCUAGCCUAGAAGAACUGGAGGCUAUGUGGCCAGCCCUGGCUGAGCAGCUGCAGUGCUGUGCCCAGAAUCCUGAGCUCAACAUAGACUCCAUGGUUCCCUUUGAUGCGGCCUCAGAGGUGCCAGUGGAGGAGCAGCGGGCAGAAGCCAUGAUACGGAUCCAAGACUGUCUCCUGGCUGGCCAGGCCCCACAGGCCCUGACUCUCCUGAGGUCUGCCCGGGAGGUGUGGCCUGAAGGAGAUGUGUUUGGCUCUCAAGACAUUUCUCCAGAGGAAGAGAUCCAGUUGCUGAAACAAAUCCUCUCGGCUCCACUUCCCCGGCAGCAGGGCCCAGAGGAACGUGGGGCAGAGGAAGAAGAAGAGGAAGAGGAGGAGGAGGAGGAGGAGGAGGAGUUGCAAGGGGUCCAGGUGUCGGAGAAAGAAUUUAAUUUUCUGGACUACUUGAAACGCUUUGCAUGUUCAACUGUCAUUCGAGCCUAUGUGCUACUGCUGCGGAGCUACCAGCAGAAUAGUGCUCACACUAACCAUUGCAUUGUGAAGAUGCUGCACCGGCUGGCCCAUGACCUCAAAAUGGAAGCGCUACUUUUUCAGCUGUCAGUCUUCUGCCUCUUCAAUCGUCUGCUCAGUGACCCUGCUGCUGGAGCCUACAAAGAGCUAGUGACUUUUGCCAAAUACAUCCUGGGCAAAUUCUUUGCACUGGCCGCAGUCAACCAAAAAGCCUUUGUGGAGCUGUUGUUCUGGAAGAACACAGCUGUGGUUCGAGAGAUGACUGAGGGCUAUGGCUCCCUGGAUGACAGGUCUUCGAGUCGCAGAGCGCCUACAUGGAGCCCCGAAGAAGAAGCUCAUCUUCGGGAGCUGUACCUCGCCCAUAAGGACGUGGAAGGGCAGGAUGUGGUGGAAGCCAUCUUGGCCCACCUGAAUACUGUUCCUCGAACACGCAAGCAGAUCAUCCACCAUCUGGUACAGCUGGGACUGGCUGACAGUGUCAAAGACUUCCAAAGGAAAGGAACCCAUAUUGUACUGUGGACGGGGGAUCAGGAGUUGGAGCUGCAGCGGCUUUUUGAGGAAUUCCGGGACUCGGAUGAUGUCCUGGGUCAUAUCAUGAAGAAUAUCACAGCCAAACGCUCACGGGCCCGAAUAGUGGAUAAACUCUUGGCUCUGGGGCUGGUGACUGAGCGGCGGGAGCUGUACAAAAAACGGCAGAAAAAGUUGGCAUCCUCCAUCUUGCCAAAUGGAGCGGAGUCCCUGAAAGAUUUUUGCCAGGAAGAUCUGGAAGAAGAGGAAAACCUGCCUGAGGAAGACAGCGAGGAGGAUGAAGAAGGGAGCUCAGAAGCAGAAGAAGUCCAGGGUAGCUUAGUCCUUUCAACUGAAAACCUUAGUCAAAGCCUGCAUCAGGAAGGCUUUUCUACCCCGCUGCUGUGGCUCCAGCACUGCCUGAUCCGAGCAGCAGAUGAUCGGGAAGAGGAUGGCUGCUCCCAGGCAGUUCCAUUGGUGCCACUCACAGAGGAAAAUGAGGAAGCCAUGGAGAAUGAACAGUUUCAGCAGCUGUUGCUCAAGCUAGGGGUUCGGCCCCCUGCCUCUGAGCAGGAAACCUUCUGGCGAAUUCCAGCCAAGCUGAGUCCUACCCAGCUCCGGAGGGUAGCAGCUUCUUUGAAUCAACCAGAGGAGGAACAGAAGCUGCAGCCAGAGCUACAGCCUGAAGUCCCUGGAGAGGAAGGCGCUGAUGAGGAGCACCGUAAAGAGCACCGAGCACAAGCCCUGAGGGCCCUCUUGCUAACCCACAAGAAGAAAGGCCUGGCGUCCCCAGAGGAGGAAGACACUGUUGGUAAAGAGCAGCUGAAGACAGCACCCAAGAAGCGACAGUUGCUGGACAGUGACGAGGAACAGGAAGAAGAUGAGGGCAGAAACAGAGCACCAGAGUUGGCAGCUCCAAGAAUCCAAAAGAAGAAACGAUUUCAGAUUGAGGAUGAUGAGGAUGACUGAAGAGCUAAGAAGCCUAGGGGUAGAGAUAGACACGUUUUUAGAUGGUACAUUUAAGUCAGAGUUGGAAGGGUCAUACAGGACCCAGACACUCCUCUUACCGGACAGAGCAGUACAAUCCUGGGCUCUUCCAUAGAUUUAGGCUGACAAACUUCAGCAGCAGUAUUGGACUUCUCUGCUGUCAGUCUUUGUUUCUCCCAGUUUUUAUCAGUAUGCCCCAGCAGCUCUCUGGAGAUUUAUUCCUUUUCUUCUAGGAACCAUUUCUUUUGAUUAUUAGAGCUCCUUAGCAAAUAAGAGGAUUGAAUGAAAUAGAGAAAGCACCCUGGACCCCUCUUGUUGGUCUGUUCCGUUUGGCUUUCUCUUGGAGACAGGCCACAGCAUCAGAUAGAGAGCUUUAUGACAUGACAGGUGGAGGUUUUGUGCCACUUUUAGAAGAUACCAGAUGCCUCUGUCCUCAUUUUCUUUCCUGUGAUCAUCCUCUAGAUACCAGAUAGAGUCCCAUUCCUGCAUUUGAGAUAGGGCUGGAAUAUAGUACUCUAGAUGAUGAACGUGUUUGCUUCAUGUUUGGUAUUAAAUAUGUAAGAGUAGAAGUUCU